UUUGUGUGCUAUAUCAUAAAGUGUUGCUGUAUCGUUAGUUUUCCAUGUUGUGUUGAUUGUACCAAACAUCAUUAGUGAAUUUGCGUCCAGUCGUUUGUUAUUUUUCAAAUUAAAGAGGCCAUUGUUUUCCAAACAUUGCUUAUUAUAUUGACAUUCAUUUAUCGGAUGCCGAAAUUAUUUGUGGAAAAAUAAAAUAAAUACGCGUUAAAAUACCAACAACACACCGACCAGGGCCGAGAAUAAUAAUAUUUCACACAAUGAGCAAAGAAUUGCAUGCGACAAAAUGUCGUGCGUGUAUGUUUCCAUUGAAUACGGCUACAAAUAUUGUGCCCAUAUUCAAAGAAUACAAAUCCAGCACGAUGUUGGCGCACAUGAUAGCCGAAACCAUUCACAUUUUGCCGGAGCCAAACGAUAAUUUGGGUGGUAAUGUGUGUAAACUGUGCGCCGAAAAGAUAUAUGCGUUCUACGAAUUUCGUUUGUCGUACUUAGAAUCGGAGAAAAAACUUCGUGAAAUGUUAUUGAAAUACGAAACGAACCAAAGACUGACGGCAUCAUAUUCUGAUUCGGUGUCCAGCAUGAGUAUGAAUGAAGACGAUGACAAUAGUAGCGCACAACCAAAAUUCGAAAUUUCCGAACCUGGAGGCAUACUCGAUAAUUUAGAAUGCCGUGAUUGUGGGCGACGUUUUGAACGUGAACUUGAGCUUCGAAUUCAUUCGCAUAUACAUCGUCACAUUGAAACACCGUCACAGAACAAUGAUUCACAAAAUGGUUUCGACGACCAAUUUUUGAUCGCCAAUAUUAAAAGUGAACCCGUAGAAUAUGUGUUUGAUCCAAUGGAUUGGCCAGAUACGACACAAAGUGAUGCCGAUAAUUCGUCACUGCAAGCCGAUGACGAUUUGAGAUGGAAGUGUACGAUUUGUCAAAAACGAUUUUUGCGUCGGGCACAUUUGCGUGCCCAUCGACGACAACAUGCACUCGAACGGUCCGAUACGGCACCGAAACCAACCAGCACCAAUACGAACGCCAAUAUAAGCGGUAUUGCGGUUACUGCAACCACUAGCAGUGCCACUACCACUCCCACCACCGCAACCGUCAUCAGUGAGAAAAAAAAUAAACUGAAAGAAGAGAAAAAAAUCAUUCCAGCACAACAAAAGCAUGAAAAAACCAACGUAAAUCUGUUGAAAAAAAAAUUCAAUUUGAAUGUUACGGCCGACGCCCAACAUGAACGAUGGCAAUGUAAAAAAUGCUUCUCAACAUUCCGUACCCGCCGUUUAUUACGCGAUCAUAAUGUUGUUCAUCGAAAUUUGCAUCAAUCAUUUACAUUGCUCGAUUUAGAUGCAAACUUCUUAACCGGCACAUCUGGCACCGAUGCAUCGAUCAUUCAUUUUGAUGCCGAUUCGGAUGAUGCUGUCGCUGCUGCAACAGCGGCCGCCGUUGCCAUGGAUGUGGAACGAUUAAAAAGUUCACCAGCCAAAAAAUUACAAACCAAUACACCACCAAAAUCGCAUUCAACGCCAGUAGUAAAGCACAGCAGUAGUGGCAGCAACACGAGUGAAUCACGAUGGAAGUGCCCAAAGUGCCGGAAAGUAUUCGAUACGCCAAAAGCGUUGCGUAAACAUAAAUUAGCCAACCAUACGUUCGAAAUCAAAUUGAAUCUCAAAUCAAAGAAUUUUAUCAGCGAUAAGAAAAGUGUUAGUUUCAGUGAUUUGAUGUCCAAAAAAAAGAAAUUGGAAGUGCGUUCACAAUUCACUGAACGAGAUUGGCCAUGUAAUAGCUGUGGUCAGGUAUUCAAUCGCCGCAACUUAUUACGCGAACAUCGGCGCACGGUGCAUAUGCUCAAACCAACGGUCGGCGUAUCAAUAUCAAUGAAACAGGAAGAAAUGGAAGAUUUUGUGGCCGAAGAAUACGCAGUUGCCGAUUAAAAUGGCACGCAUCUACAUAACGACAACCAGAAACACAUAAACAAGCAAACAUAUACAUACACCGAAUAUACACUCUUUUUAAAAAUUACGUUUUGACUCAGAUUGUAAUAUUUGCAUAUAUAUGCAUUGAACCAACCAUUUUAUUUUGAGCUCAUUUUUUUUCGUUUUCAUUUCGAACCCUUUAUAGCUUCUAUACGAAUUUAAUGACAUUUUAUUCUCUCUCUCUAUUUCUUUU